UUCUAUGAUUCUCCUCAGGGUCUCAUCUUCGUGGUGGACAGCAACGAUCGAGAGCGAGUGCAGGAGUCUGCUGACGAGCUGCAGAAGAUGCUGCAGGAGGACGAGCUGAGGGACGCCGUCUUGCUGGUGUUUGCCAACAAGCAGGACAUGCCCAACGCCAUGGCAGUGAGCGAGCUGACCGACAAACUGGGGCUGCAGACGCUGCGCAGCAGGACCUGGUACGUGCAGGCGACGUGUGCCACCCAGGGCACGGGGCUGUACGACGGGCUGGACUGGCUAUCGCACGAGCUCUCCAAGCGUUAG